AUGUGGGGGAUUGCCAGAGACAAGAUGAGCGGCUCGAUAUACAAAUAUGUAUCGCUUUCGAAGGAUCUAACACUAUUAGUAGCUAUGGUUUUAACUACUGUGGUGUCGGGGUUAAUGCCAUCGAUUGUAUCUAUUUUAGCGGGAAAAGUGUUCAAGUUGUUGCAGCAGCUUGCCACGAAUGAGUUUGCUACAAAGCAGGCGAUUCUUAAUGAACUGACCGUCAGAUCCAUGGCCAUUCUGGUUGCUGGAGUUGGGUCAAUUCCAUUUUCAUGGCUUGCCAUAACUACCUGGAUGUUUAUCGGAGAGCGGCAAGGUGUUCGAGCAAGGCGCAGACUUCUGUAUGUUUACCUUUCGAAGCCUCUUCCUUGGUACGAUGCUAAUGAGAAUUUAAAGGGUGACUUCACGCAGUUGAAUAGGUGCGUUGAAGAAUUGCGCUCUAGCUCUGCAGAGUCUUCGGCAUUAACUUUUCAAAGUGCUAUCACAGUGAUAGCUCUUAUCUCUACAUCGCUUUACUACUCGUGGUCUCUAACGCUGGUAAUUUUAUGUAGCGCGCCAAUCAUUGCAAUAUUGACCUACGUAUUUUCGAAAUUAGUUGAAAAGUACACAGCGUUGGAAAACAGUGAGACAGCGAAUGCUGCAUCGGUUUUGAGUUGGUGUAUGGCUGCCGCGCAACAAAUUAGAUUGAUUGGUGCUCAGGAUUAUGAAUCGACUCGAUUUGCGAUCAGCGUUCAAAAGUGCAGCCAACUAUUCUUUAAGCUAGCGCUUUAUGCUUCUGCCAAUAUGGCAUCCUUGCGUCUAUUUUCUCUGGCGAUGUUUGUGCAAGGGUUUUGGUAUGGUAACUCUAUGAUCAGGGAUGGGAAGUUAAAUAUUGAUGCAGUUGUUACAUGCUUCUCUGCGUGUAUUUUGUUGAGCUCUACCCUGAAUGGAAUCCUUGCACAAAUAAUGACAAUGCAAAAGGGGAAGGUAGCCGUCAAGAGGAUAUCUCAAUUGGAGGCUUCUGAUGACUAUCAAGCCUCUACCCGGCAGACCAACUCAUUCGAUACGUACUAUUCAGAGCUGAAAAGCGAUGAUUCAAUGGCAAUUGUUCCUAGGGAUAUUGUUUUUAAGAAUGUGUCAUUUAGCUAUCCAUCAAGGCCUAAUGAUGUGGUCCUAAAGAACGUCUCAGUCACAUUUAAACCAGACAGGAUAAACUUUAUUGUUGGUAAGUCCGGAUCUGGGAAGUCCACAUUAGGUAACUUACUUCUAAAGUUCUAUUUGAACUAUCAGGGCGUUAUAUCGGUGAAUUCGAUGGACUUGAGGUCUAUAGAUGAAUCUUGGUUACUAUCCAACAUCACACUGGUUGAACAAUCUUGCACCAUGUUCAAUGAUACUCUUCGCAACAAUAUUAUGAUUGCAGCUAAAGAAGGGCAUACGGACACUAAGUCUUUAAAAACGGCCUGCCAAAUGGCAUUAUUGGAAAAACUGAUACUGGAUUUGCCUCAUGGACUGGAAACCAUUUUGGGAAGUGAUGGUGUCUCACUCAGUGGGGGCCAACAGCAAAGGAUUGCUUUAGCGCGGGCUAUUGUUAGAGAUUCCCCGGUUCUAAUUCUCGAUGAAGUGACGUCUGCACUAGACAUUAUUCAUCGUGACUUGCUGAUAGAAGCUAUAAGAGCAUGGAGAGUAGGCAAAACUACUAUCAUACUUACGCAUGAAUUGACGCAUAUUUUGGACGAUGACUAUUUAUAUUUGAUGGAAGGUGGACAAGUUGUGGAAGAAGGUUAUAAAGGAACCUUAUUAACAUCUAAAUCUGGUAAGUUCUAUAACUUAUACUCCAUGCAACAAAUUGAAGAUGAUUAUGAUUCAGAGGAUUACGAAUCUACAUAUUAUGAUACCGUAUACUCUGAGUACUUAGCCCCUGAUGACUAUGCCUCUUAUUUGGGAAACAGCACUAUUACUUAUCCAAUGGCUCCGACAAAUAGUAUGUUAAUCGAUGGUAAGAUGCUCACUUUUGGCAGUUAUUUUGUAGACGCAAUACGGGCAAAUGAUGAGAAAUAUACACCGGCCAGAAGGGGAAGGAGUAGAAGAAGAAGGUCCGAUGAUGUUGAAAAGCAGCUAGAAUCAUUAAAAACUUUGGAAGCAGGGGAGGGUUCAGGACUGGAUUCUCGUCCACAGCUCAUGUCAAUAUGUCAAAUAUUACAGUUUAUGUUCAGCACGCUGCGCAGAAAGUGGCUUUUAAUAUGGGGACUGCUCUUCUCAGUUUUGGCAGGCGCCACGAACCCUAUAUUUUCUUACGCAUUUUCCAAGUUGCUCAAUGGUUUAGUUCCACACGCUACAGGAAGUGGUUCUCCAUCGUACCUGUUCUAUUGGUCAAUCAUUCUCCUUAUAAUCACAAUAUGCGACGCAGCUUUCACAUUCUUUAAGAAGUUUAUUCUUACGGUCUCCAGCGAGUAUUGGAUUAUGGAUUUACGAAUAAUGGCAAUUGAGAAGAUUAACCAAAAUAGUUUAAAUUGGUUUUCAUUAGAAAUUAAUAAUCUCUCAGAGGUUACCGCUCUAGUGCUUAAUGACUUGCGAGACUUACGGAUCUUAGUUUCUGGUUUACUAAGUGCUUUGACGACUCUGAUUUUGGUAGCUGUUAUAGGAAUAACAUGGGCUUUAGUAAGUGGUUGGAAGCUGUCAUUGGUUUGCAUCUCAUUGCUUCCUUUAUUUGUUAUCCUUUCUAUUAUCUAUGGGGGGUUGCUACAGAAAUGUGAAGAUGAGUACAAGACUUCAGUGGCGCAACUGGAGAAUUGCGUAUCAGAAGUAGUACAAGGUAUGAAGACAAUUAGAUGUCUACAAUUAGAAGGUCAUUUUAUGGACAAGUAUAUAGCACUGGAAUCAGAUCUAAAGAAGAAGGCAUGGAAUAGAGCAAUAGCUACAGGUUUUGGGGUCGCUCUUUCUGGGGCGUUGGUGAUAAUAGUACAAGCAAUUUUAUAUUACUACGGGAUUAAGCUUGUCAUCGAUAGAGAGUAUACGGUUGAAAGAAUGUUUCAAACAUUUACAUUGCUACUAUUCACAAUAAUGACAUGUGCUUCACUAAUGAACGAGCUUCCAGAAUUCAAUCGGGGACAGAGGGCAGCUACAUAUAUUCACCGAAUCCUACAAGAAGGUGAAACUUUAGAUACUGUACCCACUGGUAGGACGAUGCCAUUCCAAUUAAACUCAAAAUCAGAUGCAGUGAUAUCAGUCAACAAUCUAGACUUUUCCUAUCCUUCUGCUAAAACGGUAAAAGUCUAUAGAAACUUAAAUGUCAGCAUUUACCCGUAUCAGAAAGUAGCGGUAGUAGGUGAAUCUGGGUCUGGAAAAUCCACACUUGCAUUGCUACUGACAGGCCUAUAUUCAGUGCCUAGGAAUACUAUAGUUAUUGAUGGUACAGACAUCUGCGAUUGGGAUUUAGACGCUUUAAGGAGAAAUAUUGCCUUGGUAGAACAAAAGGCAAUAUUCUUUGAUGGCACUAUCAGGGAUAACCUGACAUACGGACACUCAUAUCCUGUGAGGGACAGUGAUAUUUAUGAUGUUUUACAAUUAGUGGGAAUUAGUGAUUUUGUCAAUUCGCAGCCAAGCGGGUUAGCUACUCGUAUAGACACUAACUUGCUUUCUGGCGGCCAGGCACAAAGACUAUCAAUUGCAAGAGCAUUACUUCGUCGGCCAAAGAUUCUAAUACUAGACGAAUGUACAUCAGCUCUUGAUGCUGCUAACUCUCAUGCAAUUGCAGAGCUCAUUAAGAAUUCAUUAUUUGGGACAACUAUUUUGGCCAUCACCCAUACUGAACAAAUGAUGCGGGCAUGUAAUGACUUAAUAGUCUUAAAGGAUGGAAAGGUAGGUGAGAAAGGGACAUUUAACGAACUGUUUGCAUCAAGAGGCGAAUUGUAUAGAAUAGUAACUAGCGGUGAACCUUAA